AUGGAAAAAAAGUUUGUGAAGCAAAAUGGAAUUUACUGUGAAGAUGAUUAACAUUUUCAUAGAGGACAGAAAAUAAAAUAUCUUAUGAUAAAAAAAGAUAAGGGUACUAUAACUAAAAGAUUAUUUUGUGAUGAAUGUUACUUAGGAAAAUAUAAUUCAUAUUAAUAAUAUUGUUGUGAUAUCUAAGAGGUUAAUAUUAUUUAUUUAAAUUAGUUGAUCAAUGGUAACAUAUAUGAAGCCUUCAAAUAUACAAAAUUUGAAAGUGAAAUUAAAUAAUAAUAUUUCAAUUAUAUUAGAAAUCACAAUCCCUAUUUAAAUGAGGAAUUUAUUAAUGAUGUAUAAUAUUUAUAUAUGUAGAUGAUUGAUAGGCUUACUGAAGAAGUUUUAUCAUAUAUCAAUGACCUCAGAGAUAGGCUUAUAGAAAACAAUAGUUUAUAUCUAAAUGAAAUAAAAAAGUGGGUUGAAAAUGAUAAAAUUAUUAAUUAUUUUGAAUGUGAUGAUUUGAAGGUAAAAUUACUGGAUGAAAAUUUUAAAGAAGUCCCUAAAAAUUUGAAGCAUUAAAUAGUUCUGCUGAAGAAUAUGUAAAAAAAAUUAAUGAUGAUAAAUUAACAAUAGAUGUAGAAAAAAUUAUUAAAGAUUAAUAAAAAUUGUAAAUAUAUAUCAUUAUCUUAUUAGUUUUAAUUUAGAUAAAUUCAAUCUUAAUUUUAAAGAAAUAAUACAAUAAAUAUAAAAUAUGCAAGAAAAAACAUUUUCAGAUUAUAAAUUUUCUUAAUCCAUUUUAGCCACUCCUUAUAUUGAAAGGAUUGCUGAAAAAAUUUCACCAGGAACAGAAGAAAAUUUUAUUAAGAGUUUAAACCUAAUUUAUAGAAUGACUAAACAUGGAUCAAAUUAUCAAACUUUAUAAUAAAUCCCUAAUUUAGAUAGUCAAGAUACAAUUACUAUUAUUUAAACAAAAAAUAAAUGCAUUUUUGGAGUCUAUCAUUGUAAAUCAUAGCCAAAAAAAUCAAUACUAUUUUAAAUGAACAAAGAAAAAUAUUUUUUAAUUUAAGAGAAUAAAACAGCCUUUCAAUUAAAUUUAAACGCUAAUUUAUAAACUUGGCUUCUGAAUUUUGGAGAAGGUGAUAUUAUUAUCAAUUCUACAUUUACUAGAUGUACGUCGAAUUUAGGAACAGGAUUUGAUAUAAGUGGAUUUAAGAUCUUUGAUAACCAAGAAUAUCUAUCAGAUUGCAAAUAAUUUGAUAUAUAUGAUAUGGAAAUUUUUUCUGUGCAAAAUAAAGAAAAAAUAAAUAGUAAUCAAAAUCCUAUGAGAAUGACUUAAAUGAAUAAUCCUUAGAUGAAUAAUCCUUAGAUGAAUAAUCCUUAGAUGAUUAAUCCUUAGAUGAAUAAUCCUUAGAUGAUUAAUCCUUAGAUGAAUAAUCCUUAGAUGAUUAAUCCUUAGAUGAAUAAUCCUUAGAUGAUUAANAUAUUAGAAAUCACAAUCCCUAUUUAAAUGAGGAAUUUAUUAAUGAUGUAUAAUAUUUAUAUAUGUAGAUGAUUGAUAGGCUUACUGAAGAAGUUUUAUCAUAUAUCAAUGACCUCAGAGAUAGGCUUAUAGAAAACAAUAGUUUAUAUCUAAAUGAAAUAAAAAAGUGGGUUGAAAAUGAUAAAAUUAUUAAUUAUUUUGAAUGUGAUGAUUUGAAGGUAAAAUUACUGGAUGAAAAUUUUAAAGAAGUCCCUAAAAAUUUGAAGCAUUAAAUAGUUCUGCUGAAGAAUAUGUAAAAAAAAUUAAUGAUGAUAAAUUAACAAUAGAUGUAGAAAAAAUUAUUAAAGAUUAAUAAAAAUUGUAAAUAUAUAUCAUUAUCUUAUUAGUUUUAAUUUAGAUAAAUUCAAUCUUAAUUUUAAAGAAAUAAUACAAUAAAUAUAAAAUAUGCAAGAAAAAACAUUUUCAGAUUAUAAAUUUUCUUAAUCCAUUUUAGCCACUCCUUAUAUUGAAAGGAUUGCUGAAAAAAUUUCACCAGGAACAGAAGAAAAUUUUAUUAAGAGUUUAAACCUAAUUUAUAGAAUGACUAAACAUGGAUCAAAUUAUCAAACUUUAUAAUAAAUCCCUAAUUUAGAUAGUCAAGAUACAAUUACUAUUAUUUAAACAAAAAAUAAAUGCAUUUUUGGAGUCUAUCAUUGUAAAUCAUAGCCAAAAAAAUCAAUACUAUUUUAAAUGAACAAAGAAAAAUAUUUUUUAAUUUAAGAGAAUAAAACAGCCUUUCAAUUAAAUUUAAACGCUAAUUUAUAAACUUGGCUUCUGAAUUUUGGAGAAGGUGAUAUUAUUAUCAAUUCUACAUUUACUAGAUGUACGUCGAAUUUAGGAACAGGAUUUGAUAUAAGUGGAUUUAAGAUCUUUGAUAACCAAGAAUAUCUAUCAGAUUGCAAAUAAUUUGAUAUAUAUGAUAUGGAAAUUUUUUCUGUGCAAAAUAAAGAAAAAAUAAAUAGUAAUCAAAAUCCUAUGAGAAUGACUUAAAUGAAUAAUCCUUAGAUGAAUAAUCCUUAGAUGAAUAAUCCUUAGAUGAUUAAUCCUUAGAUGAAUAAUCCUUAGAUGAUUAAUCCUUAGAUGAAUAAUCCUUAGAUGAUUAAUCCUUAGAUGAAUAAUCCUUAGAUGAUUAAUCCUUAGAUGAAUAAUCCUUAGAUGAUUAAUCCUUAGAUGAAUAAUCCUUAGAUGAUUAAUCCUUAGAUGAAUAAUCCUUAGAUGAUUAAUCCUUAGAUGAAUAAUCCUUAGAUGAUUAAUCCUUAGAUGAAUAAUCCUUAGAUGAUUAAUCCUUAGAUGAAUAAUCCUUAGAUGAUUAAUCCUUAGAUGAAUAAUCCUUAGAUGAUUAAUCCUUAGAUGAAUAAUCCUUAGAUGAUUAAUCCUUAGAUGAAUAAUCCUUAGAUGAUUAAUCCUUAGAUGAAUAAUCCUUAGAUGAUUAAUCCUUAGAUGAAUAAUCCUUAGAUGAUUAAUCCUUAGAUGAAUAAUCCUUAGAUGAUUAAUCCUUAGAUGAAUAAUCCUUAGAUGAUUAAUCCUUAGAUGAAUAAUCCUUAGAUGAUUAAUCCUUAGAUGAAUAAUCCUUAGAUGAUUAAUCCUUAGAUGAAUAAUCCUUAGAUGAUUAAUCCUUAGAUGAAUAAUCCUUAGAUGAUUAAUCCUUAGAUGAAUAAUCCUUAGAUGAUUAAUCCUUAGAUGAAUAAUCCUUAGAUGAAUAAUCCUUUGAUUAAUAAUCCUUAGUUUCCUAAUUUUUAGAUAAAUAAUCCUUAGAUAAAUAAUCCUAUCAUCCCUACACUUUAAAAAAAAUGA